GCAUUGAGUACAUUACUUAUAAGUUAUAACGAGUAAUAUUUCAUAUUCUUUCGCCAAACGUCGGCAUCCUUUUCUUAAUUUCAUUUCAUCAACAAUAAAUAUGUCUUUAAUGCAUCCCUUGAAAAUUCCGUACACGACUUCAUUUCAUCUACAUGUUAUUUAAGAUCCAACCAGCUAGAUAAUUCAUCUUUUCAAAAAAUAUAUAUAUUUGUGACAUCAAAUUUUGUGUUGUCUUUAUGCAUGUGACUUUGCAGUAAAGCCUUUACUACCCUUUACCAACGUCAUCAGCCAUGUUUGUGUAUGAAUAAAGACAAAGAUCUUGCAUUUGGUUGAUUCUGAAAAUGGGUUCUUUGGUUCAGAUUCUGGGUCUGUUCUGUUUGGUAUGUUUCAGCUUUUUUGUUGUGAACACAGUGAGUGAAAGUGUGAAGAAAGGGAGUGUUGUAAUUGAUGGGAGCUCUGUGAUUGGAAAUAUUGAUGAUGAUUUUGUUUGUGCUACUUUGGAUUGGUGGCCUCCUCAAAAAUGUGAUUAUGGUACUUGUAGUUGGGGUUUUGCUUCUCUUCUCAAUCUGGAUCUCAACAACAAGAUUUUUUUAAAUGCAGUGAAAGCCUUUACGCCAUUGAAACUGAGAUUAGGCGGAAGUUUGCAAGAUAAGGUGAUAUAUGGGACCGAUGAUUACAAACAACCAUGCACUCCUUUUGUUCGAAACGAAUCGGAAAUGUUUGGAUUCACACAAGGGUGCCUCCCGAUGGCAAGAUGGGAUGAACUUAAUGAUUUCUUCCAGAAAGCAGGGGCUAACAUUGUGUUUGGAUUGAGUGCUCUUAAUGGAAAGUCAAUCCAUUCUGGUUCUGCAAUAGGCCCUUGGAAUUACACCAAUGCCGAAUCGUUUAUUAAAUACACUGUUGGGAAGAACUAUGACAUUCGUGGAUGGGAACUCGGCAACGAAUUAAGCGGGAGUGGUGUUGGAACGCGUAUUUCUGCAGACCAAUAUGCUUCUGAUUUUGCUUCUUUAAGCAACAUUGUUCAAAAUGCAUAUAAAGACAUUGAGCCUAAGCCAUUAGUCAUUGCUCCCGGAGGUUUCUUUGAUGCAACUUGGUUCAAGGAGUUCAUAACCAAAUCUGGCAACUCUUUGGAUGUCGUCACCCACCACAUUUAUAACCUUGGACCAGGAGUUGAUACGCACCUUGUGGAAAAAAUUCUGAAUCCUUCAUAUCUUGAUGGAGAGAAAAGUACAUUCAAAGCCCUGAAAGAUGUACUUGGAAGUACAGCAACUUCAGCAACAUCGUGGGUUGGUGAGUCGGGAGGGGCUUAUAACAGUGGCCAUCAUCUUGUAUCCGAUGCAUUUGUGUACAGUUUUUGGUAUUUGGAUCAACUCGGUAUGUCUGCGUCAUACGACACUAAAACAUACUGCAGACAGAGUUUGAUUGGAGGAAACUAUGGUUUACUCAAUACUACCAAUUUCCAUCCAAAUCCAGACUAUUAUAGUGCUCUUCUUUGGCACCGACUCAUGGGAAGACGCGUACUAUCAACUACCUUCUCAGGGACAAACAAGAUACGAGCUUAUGCACACUGCGCAAAGCAAUCCAAAGGAAUCACCAUACUAUUGAUCAACCUAGACAACAGCACAACUAUUGAAGCAACCUUUGGCAACACUAACAGUCUGUGGUACAGAAAGAUGUCUUAUAGUUCAAAAGUAAUGAAACUACCUCUUCUCAGCGAUAGUGAAACAACAAGAGAAGAAUACCAUCUAACUGCACAAAAUGGAAACAUACAUAGCCAAAUCAUGUUACUGAAUGGAAAUGUUUUAACUGUAAAUUCAGAUGGUGAAAUCCCUCCUUUGGAGCCAAUAAUUGUAAACUCAUCAAAGCCAAUAAGGGUUGCUCCUUUCUCUAUUGUAUUUUCUCAUAUACCUGAUGCUGUUCUUUCGGCUUGCAGCUAGUGAUGUUGCACUAGACGAAACCGAAAGUUGGUGUCAUUUGGUGAUUGAGCAAAUUCAUAUUGAUUUGCAAUUUAUUGUUGAUGAAUUGAGUGCCAUUUUUAUGAGCUUAUUAUGAUUGCCAAAGCAAAUUGAAACUGACAAAUUCAAUUUCUUGUCUUCAA